GCGAUUCCGAGUAUAUUAUUAGUAUUCCAAGCUACGUUCUGAGAGGAGCCGGUAAACAAACUCAUUUUGAGUAUGAAAUUCGAAUAACAUUACCUGGUGAAAAAUGGAUCAUUAUGCGGCGAUAUAGCCGUUUUCGAGAGCUUCACAUAACAAUGAAAACAAUGUAUGGAGAAAAAGUGCAUCAAAUACCAUUUCCCAGUCGAGAAUUAUUUGCAUCUAAAAGUGAAUCGGUGGCUCGGAAUAGACGUCGGCAGUUAGAAAGUUAUUUGCGUCGAUUAAUAGUAGUCUGUUCGAAAAUACCGCAAUGUCCUUUCUACGAAGGGUCAAACGGAUAUGGUUUGAACAAAAAAACAUUAGUUGAAUUCUCAAAUUUUUUCAAAAAAGGACUUUUUGAGAGUGGACGCCAUGGAACUGGAUGAAAUUGCUAGUGGGAAGAAACCUACAUAAAAUAAAUAAAUAAAAUGUUUUGUUGAAUAUUGUG